GCGGCAUGGGCCGGGGGCCCCAGGGCGCGGGCCGCCCGCCUCGCCGCCUGCUGUUGCUCCUGCUGCUGCUCGGCUUGGCCCGCGGCGCGAACCCAGCGCUGGGCGCCGACGAUGUCUGCGCCACUUGCCAUGAACACGCUACCUGCAGGCAAGCCGAAGGGAUGAAGAUGUGUGUCUGCAAAUACGGAUUCGUGGGCAACGGGAGAACUUACUGUAUGGAUAAAAACGAGUGCCAGUUUGGAGCCACCGUGGUCUGCGGAAACCACACAUCUUGCCACAACACACUCGGAGGUUUUUACUGCAUUUGCCUAGAAGGAUAUCGAGCCACAAACAACAACAAAACAUUCAUUCCCAAUGACGGCACAUUUUGCACAGACAUCGAUGAGUGUGAGAUUUCCGGCCUGUGCAGGCAAGGAGGACGGUGUGUGAACACUUACGGAAGUUUCAAAUGCUACUGUAUGGAUGGAUACUUGCCAGAGAAUGGGCCCGAACCUUUCCACCCGGCCAGAGACACCACGUCAUGCACAGAAAUAGACUGUGGCCUCCCUCCUGAGGUCCCAGAUGGCCUUAUCGUCGGAAAUUACACUUCCAGGCUUGGCAGUCAGGUGCGCUAUGCUUGCAAAGAAGGAUUUUUCAGUGACCUGGAAGAUACAGUUUCAAGCUGCACAGCUUUGGGCACGUGGGAGUCCCCAAAGUUACAUUGCCAAGAGGUCAAGUGCGGCCGUCCUCCUGAAGUGCGCCAUGCAGUGCUGGUGGGGAAUCACAGCUCCAGCCCGGGCAGUGUGGCUCACUAUGUCUGUCAAGAGGGCUUUGAGAGCGCUGGGGGAAAGAUCACUUCUGUCUGCACAGAGAAAGGCACUUGGAGGAAAAGUGCUUUGACAUGCACAGAAAUAAUUACAGAAAUCCGUGCUGUAUCAGUGUUUAAUAAUACAUGCGUGAGGUGGCAGGUAAACCCAGGAAGCAUCCUCUCCAAGACUGUCUACGUGAUAUACAUAAAGGGACAACGGUUGUACUCUAUGGAAUCAGUUCAUGAGGAGACAGUCAACGUGACCACAGAAAGCAGGACCCCAGAAGUGUGCCUAGAUCUGCACCAAGGCACCAACUACACCAUGAGCAUUUCCACUGCUCCUCCCACACGCUCCGUACCGGCCAUCAUCGGGUUCCAGACAGCUGAAGAUGAUCUCUUAGAAGAUGGAGGAAUUUUCAAUAUUUCAGUAUUCAGUGAAGCUUGUUUGAAACUGAGCAGGCACCCUAGGAAACUUGGAUCAGAACAAAUGUACCAAUUUCAAGUUCUGGGUCAAAGGUGGUACCUGAAUAAUUUUUAUCAUGCAACAUCAUUUAACUUCACAACAAGGGAGCGAACUCCGGUGGUAUGUUUAGACCUGUACCCAGCAACUGAUUACACAGUGAAUGUCACUCUCCUGGGAUCUUCUGAGCAGCAGUCAGUGCAAAUAACGAUGACAACCGCACCAGCAGUAAAACAGAUCAUCGGUAACGUUUCAGUAUUUAACGAAACCUGCUUGAGAUGGAGAAGUACGAAGACCGCUGAUACAGAGGAGAUGUAUUUAUUCCACAUUCGGGGCCAGAGAUGGUAUCAGAAGAAAUUUGCCCAGGAAAUGACCUUGAAUAUGACUGCCCGCAGCCAGGCUCCUGAGAUGUGCUUGGACCUGCGUCCAGGCACCAAUUACAGCAUCAGCAUCCAGGCUUGGUCUUCUCAACUUCCCGCGGUCCUCCCCCUGACAACCCACAUAGCAGAGCCUCCCCCUCCGGAAGUAGACUUUGUCACAGUGCAUGGAGGGCCUCUACCCCGUCUGAAACUGAGGAAAGCCAAGGAGAAAAAUGGACCUAUCAGUUCAUAUCAGGUGUUAGUGCUUCCCCUGACGCUCCAAAGCACCUUUUUUUGUGAUUCUGAAGGGGCUGCCUCAUUCUUUAGCAACACUUCUGAUGCUGAAGGGUAUGUGGCUGCAGAACUACUGGCCAAAGAUGUUCCAGAUGACGCCAUGGAGAUGUCUAUUGGAGACAGGCUGUACUACGGGAAAUACUAUAAUGCACCUUUGAAAAAAGGGAAUGAUUACUGCAUCAUACUGCGAAUCACAAGUGAAUGGAAUAAGGUGAGAAGAUGCUCCUGUGCGGUUUGGGCUCAAGUGAAAGAUUCGUCGUUCAUGCCGCAGCAGAUGGUGGCCGUCGGGCUGGGCUCCAUGGCUGUUGUGAUUGUUCUCGCAUUCCUCUCCUUCUCAGCCGUGUGAUUGCAGACGGGUGCUACGUGCGGAGGAAGCAGUGCCGCUGGGGCAGGUGCUAGGACAACUUCUCAGGUGCCUGCCUACACAGAGGCCCUGUGGGGCUUCCAUCCGGGUGUGUGUGGUUCUGCAACUUUUUCCAUUCCCAGCUUGGCCCCAUUUCUGGAUUCAAGAUGGCAAAUAUCUCUGUGGAACCCCCCAAGUGGAGGAAGCUCGGAAAUCGCUGACGUCUUCUCUGCUCGCUACACAACCAGUUCUGUGUCUGUGAACUUGAGACCCUUGAUAGACAAUGUAGUAUUGACCACAGGCUAUGGGUCAUGUGGGCUGGAUGUCUGAGUGCUUCCCGAGAGUCAGCUCUUCUGGACGUUGAAUGCAGGACAGUCUCUGCACCUUUAUAGCAUCCCUGGACUAAUUUGGAAUCCAUCUUUUUACAACGAGCAGUGAGAUGGACUUAAGUUUGGGCUAGAAUUUGCCUUUAUGAAGGAGGUCAUUGAAAAGGAUAGAGAUCGUUGACAGAGGCAACCUGUCAAGCAUUUCAGAAGCAACCCCUUUCCUACAAUUAAUUGACAUACUAACAGAAAGUAUGCUAACCUGGCCUCUCCAGCAAGUUCCCUGCGACGGCUGUGAGGCAGAAGAGCUUUGAUACAGAACCAUGGGUCUUACAGGUGUUCAAAAGUCAUAAGUUAUCAUUCCAAUAAAAAUAUUCUGUUAAUUUCAGCCAUUCUUCUCUUCCACACCAAAGUUUAUAGCAGUCUUGCCUGACUUUUUUUUAUUACUCUCUCUUGAAAAUGCCCUGCGUCUUCCUUUAGAUCGGGUGCUCGUGUAGUAACAGUGGGCUGAAACAUUGUCAAGCCCAUGGCCAUCGUCCACGUGUUUACAGGGAAGGGGAAAGACUGUGCCUGAUGGGACCUUCCCCUUGACCUCCAGCCUCAGUAACUAUGACUGUUACUGAGCCAUGACACUUGAAUCAUGUGCCACAUGACAUGAACUAUGACACAUUAGAUAUAUGCGGUCUACACAUUAGAUAAAGCGGUCCAGGGCCCCGUUGACUUGCUGAAUUUGCAGAUGGAACACGUUAGAUUGGACUUUUAAACCCUGAGUCAGUGUUCUUUAGCUUUCUUCCCUAACUGAUGGUGUAACUCCAGGGCUCAGGAAGAAAUGAAUGGAGCAGAGGCAUGUGACUUUCCUAAGCAGCAAUGGUAUUCUCCCUCUUCUCCCUCUUUUUUGAGGCCUGGAAGAUAACAAGCACGGGAGAGACAGGCAGGGGACAGUUCUAGUAUACAACCUCAGGGUACAGUGUAUAUGAAUGCGGCCCUGAAAUUGUGCAGGGUUGCAGUCCUGCAGAAGAGAGACAGUGCUCCUGAUGGGGUGGGCUGCUGUGUUCUCACUCCGUUAGCUCACUGGGCGUUGGUGAGGGUCAGAUCCAGGUGGUCUGGGCUGGUGGGCAGAGGAGGAAACCAGAGGAACAGUAGAAACAGGUGGAAACUGUCUGCGGAGCCGCUGUGCCCGGGGAGACCUGGCUCUAAGUAGAUGCCCUCAGCUGGGAAGAGUCAGAGAGAGGGAAGCCGUAUCCUGAUGCUCGGGUGUUCAGGAACAGCCGGCAGCCCCAGCAGCUUUGGCAGUGUUCGGAAUAAUUGUCCUUUG